AGAAGGACGUAUAUAUAGUAAGUGGCUCUUCACUUCUUGGACCAAACCCAGAAUCAUCACUUCAACAACUUUUCAACACCACUGAACCUCACUUCAACAUCUGAUCCUUUCGAACAUCUCACCAAACACACUCCUGCAAGCAAAGACAUCAUGCCUUCAGGAACUGUUCUUUUGACCGGAGCCUCUGGCUUCCUAGGAUCACACAUUGCCGAACAACUUGUCGUCGCAGGAUACACCGUCCGCGCGACAUUCAGAACUGAGGAAAAAAGCAAGCGAUUCCGAUCAUUCUUCAAAGACGCCCCCGUCGAAACAGUCGUGGUACCCGACAUCACCGCUCCCAACGCGUACAAAGAUGCCUCGCAGGGCGUCGACUACGUGAUCCACUCUGCGUCCCCUUUCACUUUCAAAAUCCAGGACAUCCAGAAAGAUCUCAUCGACCCCGCGUUGCAGGGCACAAGAGGUGUCCUAGAUCUGGCCAAGGCAUCUCCCACCCUGAAACGAGUCGUCAUCACUUCGUCCUUCGCAGCCGUCAUCGACCCCUUCCAGGCCCCACGAAAAGGAUACAUAUAUUCUGAGAAGGACUUCAACCCCGUGACCCACGAGCAAGGCCUCACAAACAACUUCCUAGGCUACCAAGCCAGCAAGACGCUCGCCGAGCGAGCAGCAUGGGACUUCAUCCAGUCCCUUGAGAUGAAAGACCGACAGACGUCCCUCGUCACCAUCUGCCCUCCCAUGAUCUUUGGCCCGGCCCACCCCUCCUCCGGCAUCUCCCGCGACUCCCCCAACGAGUCGUCUGCCCAGAUCCUCAACGCCAUCCAGGGCCCCGAGGCACCCCCCACCCGGAUGCCCGCCUUUGUAGACGUGCGGGACGUAGCCGCCGCGCACGUCGCCGCCCUCGACGAGACCAAGGUCGCGAGCGGGCGCAGCGAGAGGUUCCUGGUGUGCGGAGGAAACUUCACAUGGGACGCCGUGAGGAACAUAUACAACGGAAAGGACCCCAAGGACGCGAACUGGGACGACUCCACCAAUUCGUAUUCCGCGGACGUCAGCAAGGUGGAGACGGUAUUGGGAUCGAAGUGGACUUCGCUGGAGGAUUGUAUCAAUGACAGUCUGGCGGCUCUUGGUGCCCAGAAGGCGUAGAGUCUGUGGAAGUUAACCAUGUUGACGUUUAGUACGUG